GAAGAUGGCGCUGGGCGAAUGGAAAUCCUAAUGACAGUUUCCAAAUUUGCCUCUUUUUGUACCAUGGGCGCCAAUGCCUCCGCUUUGGAGAAAGAGAUCGGCUCGGAGCAGUUCCCAGUCAACGAGCAUUACUUCGGAUUGGUCAACUUCGGAAACACCUGCUACUGUAACUCUGUGCUCCAGGCUCUGUACUUCUGCCGGCCGUUUCGGGAGAAGAUCCUCGCGUACAGGAGUCAACCGCGCCGCAAGGAGAACCUGCUCACCUGCCUGGCUGACCUGUUCCACAGUAUAGCCAACCAGAAGAGGAAAGUUGGCGUUAUACCGCCGAAGAAGUUCAUUACGCGACUACGGAAAGAGAAUGAACUGUUUGAUAACUACAUGCAGCAAGAUGCACAUGAGUUUCUCAACUACCUGCUGAACACUAUAGCAGAUCUGCUCCAAGAAGAGCGCAAACAAGACAAGCAGAAUGGCAAGCUUGCCAACGGCACACUCGAUUCCCAGAACAAUAACAGCACCCCACCCUCCACCACCUGGGUUCAUGAGAUCUUCCAGGGCACGUUGACCAAUGAGACGCGAUGCCUCACCUGCGAAACGAUAAGCAGCAAAGAUGAGGAUUUCUUGGAUUUGUCAGUGGACGUGGAGCAGAACACUUCAAUCACGCACUGUCUAAGAGGUUUCAGUAAUACAGAGACGUUGUGCAGUGAAUAUAAAUAUUACUGUGAGGAAUGCAGAAGUAAACAGGAGGCACACAAACGAAUGCGGGUUAAGAAACUUCCCAUGAUCCUCGCCUUGCACUUGAAGAGAUUUAAAUACAUGGAGCAGCUGCAGCGCUACACUAAGCUAAGCUACCGUGUGGUCUUCCCUCUGGAGCUCCGCCUCUUUAACACCUCUGGUGACGCCACCAAUCCCGAGAGGCUUUACGACCUGGUCGCUGUGGUGGUGCAUUGUGGCAGUGGUCCAAACCGAGGACACUACAUCGCAAUUGUAAAAAGUCAUGAUUUCUGGCUACUGUUUGAUGACGACAUUGUAGAGAAAAUCGAUGCCCAGGCGAUUGAAGAGUUCUACGGAUUAACCUCGGAAAUUUCCAAGAACUCUGAGUCCGGCUACAUCCUGUUUUACCAGUCCAGAGACUGAGCGCGGCCUGAGUGAGGCCAGAGUGGCGUCCCGUUACGGACACCUGUGCAGCAGCAGCGGCGGUGGCACGUCUGUGUGCAGAAGAGCCUGCAGCGGCGCCUCCAAACACACACACCCAAACCCCACCCGUCCCAGCCCUCCCUCGCCGACCUCCACGCAGCAGCAACGUUGGACGCGAUGCGGUCGCAAGGCCUUUUGAACGUUGUUUGUCAGUUGUAUUUACGUUGUGGGAGCGUUUCAUCACUCGUGUUCAGUCCUUUACUGUAGAGAGAAUGUGUUUUAAUGUGACAGACUGGGAUUUGCAUUCAACUUUCAUGCUGCGACCUUUUGAUUCCUGUGGCUGUGAGGAGGCUGAAGACAUGUGCAUGGGGGGAAUAGCGGGUGUGUUUAUUAAAGCGGCGGGGAGGGUCUAAACGCUCCGGGUGCGGGGCAUUGCGGGUUAUGUAUUUCUACCUUGUACAGAGUGAUAUUUGUAUAAAUAUUAUGAGAAUUAUAAUAAUAUUACUGAUAUAGCCAAAAAAAGAGGAUAGAACCAGAAAAAGAUGUAUAACACUAUGGUGCACUUUUGAUACAGUUUUGUAGAUGUUGGAAGGUUCAUGUGAGGGUUUGCUUGAGACGGCCUGUUGUGAAAUUAUCAUUUUCUGUUUUAAAGAAAAAGAAAUAAAAGUGUAUACACCAA